UCUGCCUGUCUGCACAGGGCAGACCAGUUCAACUUCCUUUUCCGAGACACUGCCGAGAGCAGGCCAAGAGAGCUACGUAUUUACCAAAACUUCAUCAAGUGAAGAUGGAAAAAAGGUGGCUCUUCUCCCUCUUUUGUUUGCUCUCGGUGCCCAGCGUUGCAGGCCAGUCUGAAGACGUCAUUACACAAACAGAAGUGGUUCAGGCUUUGCCAGGUGCUGACGUGACCCUGGUGUGCAGCUUCCCAAAACCACACACUACCUACAUAAUACAGACUCAGUGGUCCAAGACCGAUGACAACCAGCUUACCAGAAUAGCUGUUUAUCACCCUCUUUAUGGCACCCACUACUUCACCUUUCCUGAGGCCUCUUACAACUUCUCAGUGUCCUUCAGCAUGAGGAAGUGCUGCGACAGGGAUGCUACAGAGGCUUUGUGUUUCCGUGAUCCAAAUGCCACGUCUGAGUGCAAUCAGUGGGCUCUGCAUCUGAAAAACGUUACCGUCUCCCUUAGCGGGCAGUAUGAGUGCAGUUUUGCCACUUACCCAUAUGGGACAAAGGCUGCAAAAAUUCAACUUAUUGUCAAGGCAGAAGAGGAGCAGCACUACGUGAAGGAAGUGCGGUUAAACCAGACUUUAGAAAUUCCAUGCGUUGAGGACACGACCUCUGAAAAUUUGUCCAAUUAUCCUUUGAAAUGGCUAGUGGGGGAAAAUGGCAGGAAAGAGGAACUUGUGAUCAAGGAGCCCUCCUGUCCUGCAGUGUACAGGAACAGCAGCAUGCUGGACAGGCAAAGAGUCCGCCUGGGUUUGAACUACACUCUAAAGAUUUUCCCCACCAAAAUCACAGAUGAUGGCAAGGUAUUUUUCUGCCACGUGGCGUACCACCCGGAGAGAGUCCAGAAGAGCAGCACCACCGUGAGAGUAUUCGCCUACCCGGAGAUCUCUGUUAGGCUGCAGGAGGGCUCAGCUGGCACCGCGCAGAAGCCUAACGUGAGCUGCGUCGUGAGGAAGGUGUUUCCCAAGCCAAGCCUCGUGUGGUACGUGGACAGAGCGAGCCUGACGGAGCAGCCCAGAGAAAUUGCUGUUGAACAAGAAGACUUGCAAGACAGUGAAGGUUUCUAUCAGCUGAGAUCAACACUGGUGUUGCAAGGGACCCAGCAGACACAUAAGAUAUUCUCGUGUGCAUGUCUAUUUUCCUUCCUCGGGAAUGAAACAUGGAAUAUUUCAUCAGAAGAAAUAUUUGUUUCCUUCGACAAUAAGUCUAAUGAAACCUCAUCCAAAGCUUUUACCACCAUGGCUUCAGAAGACCUUGGAAAUUCAGCACUUCCAUCAGCUGUUGUGACUACCUCAGAGCACCAGUCAACAUCUUUGGCCUCUUUGGAUUUCACAAGUCGAGCAAGCUUGGCUUCUGCUUCCAUGACACAAGCAGGAGCACUGAUUUCUACUGCAGAGACAAAAAGCUAUACCAGCGCCACAGCAUUCAGUGAGAGUUUGACAACCGCACAUUUGAACGAUUCCACCACCGAAUCCCUGCAAAGCCUCAGGAAUGCCACGCGCUCCUCUGAGAAUACAACUCUGGCGCAUCGUGGUAUGAGGAACACGAAAGACAGUCGCUUCCCCUGGCCAACAGUGGUAGCCGUCCUGCUCCUCUUCUGCAGUUUUCUAAUAGCUUUAGGCAUCAGGAAAUGGUGUCAGUACCAGAAAGAGAUUAUGAACAGACCUCCAUCUUUCAAGCCACCGCCACCUCCGAUAAAGUACACCUCCAUGGUGGAGUCUGAUGGGACUCCCCCAUCCUGCCAUGAACUGGAAAACCUGUAACGUCCCCUACGCCCCUGGUGUAGUGCUCAGAAGACUGACACAGUUAAAAGGCUCUGUCUUUAAAACAGUGAUUACAGGAGUUUGGUGUUAAUGACCCAUAUUAAAAUUCAGAGUGCCUAAAUGACAUUAAUGUUGGAAGCUGAGCACUCCUGAGGACGCUUACUUCAUCCCGUCUAUCUCUAUGUAUGCAUUACGUUAACACCCCUGUGAGUGUCACCAUGAGAUUACAUGUGCUUAAUUUGAAUUGGGUGAUCAACUGGGAAUUUGCUGUCUUGUUAAUGGGAACAGAUUAACACAUCACUCCGCCAGCCUGCCUGAAGAGCGUUGAAGCUUUUUGUUUUACUAAGUGUAUGGAGACGACAGCUCUGCCAUAUGGACACCACGAUUACACUGGAAACAUUGGCUUAACACAAGCUUUUUGAUACCUACGUGAGCCAUUCUUACAAUUAUUAUUUUUACUGUACAGAUAUUGACUACUAUGACCCAAUAUAUAAUUUCCUAUCCCUGUGAAACCAAACAAAAAGUAGUCAACUCCUUACACGGAAAGAAAAUAGUCCACAUCUGUCGUUACAGGUCUGCAGCACAGGAUUGCGGGGAGGGGUUGGUGAGAUGAAAGGGCACAGUGCAGACCUGCUGGGAGUGUUCACGAAGAAGACUCGGUCGCCAUCGGUGAAGUCACAAGAAAAAGUCAACUUUGGGCUCAUAUACAAGCCACCUGUGGACCAGAGACUUAAGGACUGAAGUGAAUAAGAACCCUAAAGACAGUGGAAAAUGCCAGUCCUUUUGGAAGUGCUGUGCCUUUGAAACAAUGAUUACUCUCGAGUCUGCUUUUCUGAAAUUAUACUGAUGGUACACAUGAUGAAAGAAAGGAAUAUAAUCAUUUUAUUCUCCUUGGGUCUUAAUGAGCUUCUGGCAUUUGCUAUCUUCACAUUUUUCAAAACCUCCGGGGUAGUUUCCCAGGUGGCUUAAGCCCAUGGAUGGGACAGUCCAGUCUUACCACCACCCUGCCCAGGCUGCACAUUUCCUUGCAUUGACACUACUGAUUAAAUGAGCGUGCCGAGGGUGGGAUCAGCUCAGCCCGCCGCACAGUUCUCAGCCAGGUCAGCAGCUGUGUGAUCACUAAUGCAAGGCACAAGAGCUGCAGCAGCAGCAGCACUGCUUUUGGCAGCAGUGGUCUUACUUUACCUUCAGCCAGCCAAGAAACUGUCCCUCCAAGCUUGUUUGAAAAUGUAUUGUUACCACAAUGGCUUUUCUGUAAUUAAUGCAAAUCAACUAAAAUUCAAUCAGGUCAAGCUUAAAA